UUGGAGUCGUUGCAUACCUCAGUUGCCACUAUUGAACACGUAAUUGGUAUUGAUGAUCGAGUCAAGGAUGUAAUCAAGUUAUUGGAAAUGGAAGAUGAUGAGGUUGAAGUACGCAUUAUUGGAAUCCAUGGAACUAAUGGAAUCGGCAAGACAACCAUUGCGAAGGCCGUGUACGACCGACUCUCCUCUUGCUUCGAUAGUUGUAGCUUUCUCGCAGAGAUUGGAGAAACAGCACAGAACUUCGGUGGUAUUCAGUUUGUGCAAACUAAGUUGAUAUCUGAUAUUCUUGAGCGAGAUGGCGAUGUUGCUUCUUUCAAUGGAGGAAUCAAGUUUUUCCUGGAUGUGUUUCGCAAUAUAAAAGUUCUUAUUGUCCUAGAUGAUGUGGAAGAACUGUCUCAUCUUCAUGAUCUUGUAGGAGACCAACUUGACAGGUUUGCAUCUGGAAGUCGGAUAAUUGUUACUUCAGAAAAUGGUGGAAUUCUCCAAACAUAUGCUUCUCGAGGCCUGGCUCGUACCUAUGAAGUGAAUGAGAUGGAUAAUGAUCGAGCUCUUGAACUUUUUCACAAGCAUGCUUUAGGAACACACGGUUCAACAUCUAGCUUUCCUGAAAUUGAGAAGCGCAUUAUCAAAGCUACGGGGCGGGUUCCAUAUGUUAUUGAAGUUAUCAGUUCAUUUCUGCGUGGAAAAACAAUAGAAGAUUGGAGGAAGAUAGAGGACUUGAUAAAACAACGGAGGGAGAAGUGGAAGGAUUGUAGGGAGAUAUUGAAAAUAUGUUAUGAAGCAUUAGAUGAAAAGCAGAAACAAAUAUUUUGGGACAUAGCAUGGUUUGCCAAUGGCGUGGAUAGCCGAAUUGCAUCAUAUAUGUGGUCCCAUCGAGAUCUUUUGGCUUCUCACCAUGUUUUGAUGCCCCUAGCAAAAAUCGGAGGAGACAACUUACUGUGGAUGCAUAAACUGUUGCAGCGCCUCAGCGGAACUAUAGCUAAAGAAGAAUUUCCUGAAAGGCACGGUAGAUUAUACAUGGAUUAUACAGACCUGAAAGAGAUCGAUAGGAAUGAGGGAAUGGAAGAGGUGGAAGUCCUCUGCUUUGACUUCAAAAAUCGUUGUCCCCAUACAUUUACAGAAACAAAUUUCAAGAGCAUGCCAAACAUAAGGUUCUUGAAAUUGGAUCAUGCAAGCAUGACAGGAAAUUUCGCAAAUGUGUUUCCAAAGUUAAGGUGGCUUCGUUGGCAAGGGUGCCCAAGGGAUUUCGAAGCAACAGAAUUUAAUCUGACUGAACUGGUCAUUCUUGAUCUUUCGUGGAGCAAAGUCACUCAAGACUGGGGAGGUUGGGAGUUAAUCAAGAUGGAGCAAUUGAAAGUCUUGAAUCUCACCGGUUGCACUGACUUACUGAUAAGUCCUGAAUUUUCUAGCUUCCCAAAUUUGGAGAUACUGAUUCUAGAGCGAUGCUCUCGGUUGGUCCAUUUACGUCCUUCGGUAGGUGGUCUCAAAAAUUUGCUUUGCCUGAAUUUGAAGUCCUGCACUGAACUCAACAUGUUGCCUGCCGAACUGGGUGGCUUGGAAGCUUUGAAAGAGCUCCUCAUUGAUGAGACUUCUGUGCGUGAUAUUCCCUUGGUAGGUAAUUCGGUAAAAAUUGAAACUCUUUCCACCUCCAAUUGCUUGUCAUUGAGUCUCCCCGACGGAGUUAAAGAGCUGGGGAAACUCCGAUGCUUGUCAUUCAGGAAUUGUUGUUGGAUACUAGAACUUCCAGAGUCCAAUGGCCAAUUGGGAAGCUCUUUAGAGGAGCUGGAUAUUUCGGGAACAGGCGUUUCAAAAUUGCCAGCUUCCUUUGCAAAACUGGAGAAUUUGAGAGUGUUAAAGAUGGACAAUUGCUUCAUAAGCGAAUUUCCUAGUUUUUUUUGGCGUCUAUGUAACCUUGAAGAAAUACAUGCCUCCUCGUGUAGGAAUUUAGAAGGGGAGAUUCCUGGAGACAUUGGGAAUCUAAUUCAUCUGAGAAUCUUGAGGCUGCGAGAUUCUGCUAUUUCCAGGCUACCUCCUGAAAUCGGGCAUCUUUCCAAGCUGGAGACUCUUGAUGUACUUCACUGCGACAUGCUUCAUGAGUUGCCAGCACUUCCCUCUGGUUUGGUUAUUGUGCAUUUGAGUCCAAAAUUGAAGGAAAAGGUGUCUAACCUUUUGGGGAAGCAUUGUUUCAUCACUGUGUAACUUGGCCUUGCCUAUGCUCAAUAAGUUAUCCGGAUAAUUGUUAUUGUUUCUGCUCACAUUUCCUUUCAAAGUAUCUGAGCUUCCUCUGA